AUGGGACCUCGUAAAGUUGUUGAUCCUGCAAAUCUGGACUGGCAGGAACAAUAUGAAGACCUAGCUGCACAUCAGCUAGAUCUGCGUUCAAUUCUCGAUCAGAAAAUAGAUGAAUUGCGAGCUGAUUUGGAUCAUCGACAUGCGGAAUUGCUGCAGGUGGUUGAAGCACUCAAAAACUCGAUUGAUGGAAUACAGCUGCACCAGCAGUCACGAGACAAUAGCUCCACUUCUAAGAAUCGCGAUAAUGUGCAGACAGUUAACAAUACUGCUGCAAAUCAAAAGGUACAUGUAGUAUCUAUGCAUUUGGAUGAUGAUGCCCUAGCCUGGCAUCAAUCCUAUUUGAAAUGCAGAGAUUUGCCUAUCCUACCUCCAUGGGAUGAGUAUAUUGGGGCCUUGAUUGAAACAUUUAGUGAGGAAUAUACUGAUCCUAUGCUAGAACUGAAGCAACUCAAGCAGACUGGUUUAGUGAAGGAGUUUCAAUUUGCUUUUGCUAGGUUAUUAGCUCAGUGUGAUCUAACUGUUAGCCAGGCUAUAUCCUAUUUUCUAGGAGGAUUGAAGGAGGAACAAGUGAACCCUGUUAAAAUGCAUGAGCCUCAGACAUUAUCCAAAACUUAUCGUUUAGCUAGAUUAGCUGAAGCAACCUUAGCAGCUAAUGCUAGAGCCUUGAGGAGUCAUACUACCUCUGUGUCAUCUACUCACCUCAAAAAGCCUCCCUAUGAGCCACUGACCCUCAAACACAACCCUAGUCCUAAUUCCUCAACUCGUCGACUGGCUUUACCUCCUCCAACCACUGUGAAUGUGGCCAGAAACAGGAGGACUAUUUCUCCUGCAGAAAUGCAGGCUAGGAGGGCACAGGGUCUUUGCUACUUUUGUGAUGAUAAGUACACUGUUGGUCACAAGUGUAACCUGCCUAAGCAAUUGUUUGUGAUGGAUUUAGAAAUUGUAGAAGGUGAGGGUGAUGAGACUAUGAAGCAACAAUCUGAGGAGAUUCCUCCUAAGGGGGAAUGGGCAGCUGGAGAAGGUAAUACCCCUAUGAUAUCCUUAUGUGCUUUAAGUGGCUUACAAGGAGCUCAAGCCAUUCAUGUUACUGGAUAUAGUGAAAAGAGGCCAAUUCAGAUUUUACUUGAUGGGGGUAGUACUCAUAAUUUUAUUGAUGAAAGUGCUGCCAAGAGGUUGGGGUGUCAAAUUUAUCCUACUAAGGUGAGUUAUGUGAGCCUUGGCAAUAACACCUUGGAAGCCACCUCUGGAGUUGUUAGGGGUUUUGAAUGGAUUCUGCAGGGUACAACAUUCUCUUCUGAUUACUUGUAUUCCCUGUUGCUACUGCAUCAAUACCAUUUGAUCUUUGCUGAACCUACAUCUCUACCUCCACAAAGGGGAGCUUUUGAUCAUAGAAUACCUCUACAGCCUGGCUCAAAACAUCAAGGGGCCAUCCAAUAUAGCAACAGUCCUUUCUCUUCCCCUGUAGUUCUUGUUGGCAAGAAGGAUGGGUCCUGGAGAUUAUGUGUAGACUACAGGGAAUUGAACCAGUGCACAGUCAAAGAUAAAUUUCCUAUACCCCUUAUAGAUGAUCUGCUAGAUGAGUUGGCUGGGGCUACCAUUUUUUCUAAAAUUGAUCUCAGAUCUGGAUAUCAUUAA